AUGUCUGUACAUAAGCUUCCCGCGGCGACGAAUGAGCUUGAAAAAGCUCAGAGCCGACGUCGAUUGCCAAACCUGUCGGACGACGACGAUGGCCCGCGCGACUCUAAUUCAUCUUCCUCGACUGGUGAGGACGAUGAUGAGAAUUGGGACGAUUGGGUUUCAAGUGAGGGCGAAGAGCACGAGCCGUGCAUAUCCCUCUUUGACGGCUCGUCACAUCCAAACGUGGAUGCAUCUCUCGCCUAUGACAAUGGAACCUUCGGUGUCGAUAUUCUGGCUAUCGCGAGUCGGCUGCGUUUGGACUUCCACGGACGUGUACGUCUCGUGAACUACAUUCGCAAGGUCAAACCGAGCACGGUUGACGUCAAUGCACUGACGGGUCAAGAAGCGUUCUUCUCUACCGACGAAUAUCUAAUCCCUGUCAUUCAGGACGAUCCACUCCUCCAGUUUGGAUCGGACAACUGGUCGGACGAUGAAGGCGAGAGCUGCGCAGCCUCGGAGGGGGGAGAUAAAGACAAGAUGAUACGUGCACUCUCAAGACAACUCGAGCAGGCCAAGAAGGAUCUGAUGGAUUUUCGAGCACUUGUCAAGCAGCAGUUCCGCGAUUCAGAAGUUGCCAAGGCCUUGGCUGGUGAGAACGAGCAGGCCACAGCUUCGUCUUCGAAAGCCGAAGGCACACCUAAGAGGGAUGACGAUACUCAUUACUUCGACAGUUAUGGCGAGAACGAAAUUCACUACGUGAUGCUUCGCGACAAAGUGCGCACAUCAACGUAUGCAUCUUUCAUUCUCAAUUCACCUGAUGUCUUUCGCGAUGCAAUCGUGCUUGACGUGGGUUGCGGUACCGGAAUCCUAUCACUUUUUGCUGUGCGUGCAGGUGCGAAACGCGUCUUUGCUGUCGACGCAAGCAAGAACAUUGCAGAGAAGGCGAGGGAGAUUGUCAGAAUCAACGGAUUGGAUGAUGUUAUCACCGUUAUUAACAGCAAGGUGGAAGAUAUCUCUCUGCCUGACGGAAUAACUCAAGUCGACGUAAUUGUCUCCGAAUGGAUGGGCUACGCACUUCUCUAUGAGUCUAUGCUCGACUCUGUCCUCGUCGCGCGUGAUCGUUUUCUGAAACCCAGAGGUGGCCUUAUCGCUCCGAGUCAGGCGCGCAUGUUACUAGCCUUAUCAUCAGCCAACGAGGUCGUUAAGGAUCGAGUCGAAUACUGGUCCGACGUACACGGAUUUGACAUGAGCCCGAUGGCAGAGGGUGUUUAUGAGGAUGCAAUCAUAGAAGUUGUUGGUUCCGAGACCCUUCUGAGCGAUACGACAAUCAUUAAGAAUAUCAAUCUUGCGACUGUCAGCCCGCAUCACCUCUCGUUUUCUGCACCGUUUGAGCUCCACGGCACUUCUGUGCGGAAGACCGUCGCACACGCUUUCAUCCUCUACUUCGACAUCUUCUUUACAGAGGAUGGCGCUCAAGUUGGGGCGGGCGUUCGUGCACAUGGAGCACGAGAUGGUGAGCCCGUCUUGGCGGAAGUCUGGCGUCCUGGUUCACCAAGCCGUGCACGCUCACCAUCUCUUCCUCGAUCACCUACACGUACCCAGCGUCUGCGUCGCGCGAGUAGUAUGAAGGUCAAGAAGGAGGAACCGUGGAAGAGCUUCACGACUGGUCCCGAGAACGUCCCGACUCACUGGAAGCAGACGCUAUUCUUGCUGAAGGAACCGAUUGUUGUUCGUGAAGAUACGACUGUGUCUGGAACCUUUCACUGUCGUAAAAGCGCAGACAACUCCCGCGAACUUGACGUUGAGAUUCACUAUGUCGUUCGUGCGACAGAUAGCGAGACAGAUAGUACAGAAGAGAGUGCCAUGUACAUCCAGUCAUUUAAAGUUCGAUAG